ACAAAAAAAGAUGCGUUUCAUAUGAGACAGUGGUAUAGAAUUUAGUGUAACAUUAUUAAUUAUUUCCCAAUUGACAUGUAAGAAAGGUCACCAUACCUUGGUAUUAUUGUUUUAUGUGUCAAAAGUGGAUUUUUCGAGCACUCGUCAGAGAGCAGCGGAGAGACGAUUUUAUUGGCUAACAUGAUGUCUGCUGUUUGAUGAUGGUGAAAAGUCCCCGCGGAAUUUCAGUUGUCAAACUCGAUAUGUAGAUUGCAUCAUUGUUGUUAAUUGAGAAUGUCAGAUACAUUUUCUUUUUUGGUUUUGAUUUUGGUAUGCUUAAGCAUCACUUAAUGCCAAUUUAGGUUAGACUUUGUUUACUGUUAAAAUGUGUCGAAUCUUUUGGAAGAAUAGAAGUUUCGUGAUUUUGUCUAGGACUUACGAAGAGUAAGCAUUUACUUCAAAAUUCAAGUAUGGUGAAAGGAAUACAAAAGAGGAGCAAAACACAAUCCACAUUGUAUAUCUCCUGCAGGGCACAUGAGUGUAUUUUUGGAUUUUUUGCGUCCUCGCAGACGCCUCCAGCCAAACACACUUCAAUCCAACAAUGAGGAAAAGGCUCAGAGAAAAAACAAAGCUCACAAGGAGAAUGGGUUGCAUGGAACCCUCCCCCCUGUUUGUGUGCCAAGUGUCACAGAGAGGAGGCCUCCCAGGACACCCACUGUGUGUUUGGCAAGCGGCACCGAGAGAAAGGCCCUCAAAGGAAGAUCUAAGACCAAGCAGCCAAAAGAAAAGUCUUAUUUUCCUUUUCAGAGAUUACCUUUAGACUGUAAACUAAAGGUGUUCAUGUUUCUUAACAUGAUCGACAAGGGUCGAUCUGCUCAGGUUUGCACAGAAUGGCAAGAUCUACUGAAAAUGCCUAGUCUAUGGGUGGAUGUGGAUUUCACCCUCUUUCCUCUGUGCUUCAAUGCCAACACAGGGCAUACUUGCAAUAGAGAUUGUUAUGAGCAAUACCAGAUUAGAGUUAAGGCUUCUAUGAAGCAUCUUGCUGCCAUUUCACCUGUGAUGAAACGUUUCUGCUUUGCCUUUGAUAUUGGAGACUUUGCUGAUGGAUGGUUGAAUUCUGUUGAAGACCUGAUUUUACAUUCAAAUUUCCGAGACUUAACAUGUGUCUAUCUGAACUGGAAGGAGACUCCAGUAAAGCCAUUUUGGAUUGAACAGGUUCAGUACAAGUGGGAGAAGUACAAUGACUACGUCUACAGACAUAGACGUCGUGGAAGGUGCUUUGUGAAUUUUUUUGAUCUCUUUACAUCUCAAGCAUCUAAUAUCAAAUGCCUUGCCUUACCUUUUUAUUGGAAUGAGCGCUCCGUGAGGAAUAUGGCCAGGCUACGAAAUCUUGAAGUCCUCAUACUGGAGAAGGACUAUGUAUUUCAAAUUAUAAAUCAAUCGCACCUCAACGAGCUACUCCUUAAUCUCCCCAAACUGCGUAAAUUAGUUCUUGAAGUGUGGAUACCUGAAAGGUUGUGGCCAUAUGAGAUGACAUCGGAAUCUUUGCAACAUCUGGAUAUAUCGCAGUGUAGAGGCUUUUGCUUGAAGAAAGUGAACAUGCCAAACUUGGAAACAUUCCGUGUUACACUUUUCCCCACUGGUGACUCUUCUAUACUCAUCCCUGACACAUUUCCAUGUCUGCAUGAUGUACUGGUGCAGGGAGCUCCUGAACUGAAGAGCAUCAAUGGACUGAAGCUGCCUAAUGAUUGGAAAUUGGAAAUCAGUCCACAAAUGGAGAGUUUGUAUAGGACAGUUUGUCCUUGCAUAAGACAUAAACCAAGUCAGCUUGCAUGAAAACUUAAAUUCUUUAGAUUAAGAAGUUUUCAAAACCUUUUGUCGGCAGCUGUAUUUGGGAUAUCUGUCAACAAAUUUUUUUUUCUUUAAAAGUUCAGUUGAGAUCCUUUAAUUGAUCGUAGGUUUAAACUAUAUUAACCUUUUUAUGUUUAGAACAUGUGAAUGGUAUCAUUAGUUCAGGACUUCUUCUUAUACUUAGAAUGCCAAAGUUCAAUAUUGGAUUGUGGGAGAACAAAAUGAAAGUUUUGGUUUGAUGUAUUAGCUUGGGCUUAAUCGCUGCAAACAGCAUUAAGUAAAGAAGUUUUGUUUUCAGGGGGCCAAGCAUUAGACAGUGUGUGACUGUGAAACCUGUUAUUAUUGAAGAUCAUGCAUAAUUGUCGUUGAUGUAAGUAGUUACAUAUAUUAUUAGAGAAAAAAGACUGUUAGAUUCACAUGCUAUAUACACUGCCAUGUGUCAAAAAUUGUUGGACCACAUCUUGUUUGCAUAUAAGAGAUGCAGAUGGAGCAAUAUAAUUGAUCAGGUGUUGCGAACAGUCCCAGAUGCAAAUGAUCUCAGAAUUAAAUAAAAGAUAUUGAACCACCAUGAUUAAUGUGUAUGGAAUCAACAAACUAAAGAAAAUGCAUUUCAGAAAAUUAACGACAUGUUAAAGUUUCAUAUAUGCUUAAUGAAAAAAAAAAGUAAUGCACUAAUGACUAUUGUAAUGGCCCUAGACAUAGUUGAUUACAUAUCUUAGCAUCUGGUUGGUUAAUCUGCAGAGUCAAAUUUCACAUUCCAUCCUCACAUAUGAAAGUAUGUAUCCCUUGUCCCCUAAAAUAUUUCUAACAGUAGUGGAUAUAAAAUUUAAUGCAAGUUUUUGCUACUACAUCCCCAAUUAUUGAUCCAGUGUGCUGCUGUUAACCAUAAGAUAUUGUGUAACAGAUGCAGUAAGUAGUUGUACUUGUGAUAAACAGUUUGGCUCUUGGCAAAUAUAUAUAUCUUUUUAGAGGAAAAGUUAAGAAAAAAAUGUACUUCAGAAUUUGCCAAUUGUGAAAUCUAAAUCCAUUUAUUGCUACAAUGAAAAUGAAAGUAAAUGAACAAGAAAAUUCAUGUAAUGUAGAGCAACAUACCUGCACUAAUAAAUGCUUUUAUUUUUAUAUUCCA